AAGGUUAAAAAUACUAAAAUAAGCAUGCAUUUAAAAUAAUAUUUGAUACUUAAGCAGUGGUAACACAUUAAAAAGUUUGCUUAGAUUAUUUAUGCUAAAAAUGUAUAGAAGUUAUAAAAUGGAAAAUGUAAUAUAAUAAAUAUAAGAAAGCAACAAGUGAAAGCAGAUGUUCUAAAUGCCAAUAAAAAAAUAUUUUUAAAAGUUAUAGACAUUGUUGUGAUGUAUGUGCUAAAUAAUUAAAAAUAUGUGCCAAAUGUCUUUUACCGACUAAUAAUUUAUCCGUAAAUGAAAAAGAUCUUAAAGUGAAAUAAGAAAAAGAAUAAAAAGAAAUGGAAGAAUAUUUGACUAAAUUAAGAGAAAGAACAAGAAGAACAUUAAUUAGAAAACAUCAAAAUAAUCUUGUAUAAUGGAAUUCUAUAAAGAAAUGUUUUAUUGAUUCAGAAACAGGAUAAAAUUUAGAUAAUUUAAAAUUUAAAUAAGGAUUAGAAAAUGAAGAUAAUGUCGAAGAAGGAGAUUAAUGUGAAGAAUUUAAUAAUGAUGAUUUUGAUGCAUUAAAAGAAGAAUAAUAAUAAAUAAAAAUUAAAUAAAAAAAAAUGUUAGAAUAAGCUAAAUAAAUUAGUCUAUCAAGUGAUUAAGAAAAUAGUAUAGAUGAAGAAGAUGAUAUAGAAAUAUGA